CCGGGCAACAGCCACGUGCCAAGCUCCGAAGCCGCUUGCGGGCUGGAAAGCGCGCGCGCGCCCGCCCUCCGCGCGUCAGCUUGGGUGAGGAGCGCGCGCGAGGCGGGCCGGGGGCGGCGUUAAGGGGGGGGGCGUCGGCCGGAAUCCCCAACGCACCCUCGGCAAAGGGGUGGGAGCUGAGUGCGUUCCGCCGACGGGACUGGCGACCAGAAAGAAAAAAGGAGCCGCCGCUCUGCAGACGGGGAAAGCGCGGGGUUUCUACUGCGGAUCGCUACGGAGCCCAAGACAACGAGCGGCUGAGGACUAGCAGCAGCAGCGGCGGCCAGCCCGUCCGGCCAAGGUGGUCAAGCUGGGUGACGCUGCCCUGUCCGACCCGAGGGGAAACGAAGGCGUCGUCGGGGGCUGCGGAGAGCGAGGCGGCACCAGUGGGCGGGCUUGGCUAACCUCUGCCCUCAAAAGGGGGCGACCUCUGCCGCGCCGGCCAGGCUCCCUCCGGACGAAGCUACGAGUGCUGAGGGACGGGCGUGAGAAGUUUGUCGUCCGUGGAGGAGAAAGCGGCCAACCUUUCCCGGGACCCUCGGCAGCUGGUCCGCGGCUCCGGCUCUCCCUCACCGUCCCCUCGCGCGCUCCGUGGGAUGCCCCUGCCUGCCGUACCCUCCUGGAGUCCUCCCUCCUUCUGCGCCUUCGGGUAGCGACCUUUCCUUCCCUCCCUCGCCCGGGUGGGUGGCCGGGCGGGCAGCCCGCUUGCUGGGGCGCGCGUGGAUGCGCGCGCGGGGGGGGCGCCCCCUCGCUCGGGACUUUGCGGGAGGGUUCGCCACCAGGCACCAGCCGCUCCUCGCCUGGGCUUCUGCUGCCGCGCCCCGUCUGGGAUCUUCCCAAGGAGCGAAAAACAAAACGCCUCUUGGGCACGACGGGCUGCUGGAAGGGUUCAUUGAGGGCAGCCUGCUUGCCUGCCUCCUUUCCGCCGCUCUUAGAAAGGAAAGUUCGAGGUCGUUGCCAAUGAAUCUCUACCUUCGAAGGGGAGGAGGAAAAACUCUGCUCUAGAGGCUGAAACAAAAUGUCUUCUGGCUUGCCUGGGUUGAAGAUACCCCUCUGGACACCCCAGGAUGAUUGCUGACAGCCAAAUUCUGUGGUCCUUCUCUAAGAUGUUUCUAUUUGGGAUUAGGUGUGUCGAAAGGCGAGGGAGACCUGGCUUGUGAAACUUAUCUGCUCCCCCCCCUCUUUUUUUGGCUUUGGGGGACUUAUGGCUUCAAUGGCUCCAUCUCUUAAGCGAAGCAGUAGGAAAGAUGCCAACGUCCUGCCGAGUGCAUCCUCAACUUUCUGGGCAAUCAUGAUCUUAGUUGGGCUUUUAAUUGCCUACUGCAGUCAGUUGGCUGCAGGUACAUGUGAAAUUGUUACUUUGGACAGAGAUAGCAGUCAGCCUCGAAGAACUAUAGCCCGACAAACAGCUCGUUGUGCAUGCAAAAAAGGACAAAUUGCCGGUACUACAAGGGCAAGACCAGCAUGUGUAGAUGCACGCAUUAUUAAAACAAAACAAUGGUGUGAAAUGCUUCCAUGUUUAGAAGGAGAAGGCUGUGAUUUGCUAAUCAAUAGAUCAGGCUGGACCUGUACGCAACCCGGUGGGAGAAUAAAGACAACCACGCAUGACAGUGGUGACAAAAACUCCUCUGAAUAUAAUUGCACUUGGAGGUCUCCUGACAAAUGCAGCAAUGAAGAAAUCUUGUAGGAGUUUUUAGGCUCGGUGUGAGCUACGUUCCCUAAUCAAGUUUCACUGCUGUGGAUCAUCAUCCAUUUUAUAUCAUCAGUUCAACUGUCUAUUUCUCUGUAUUUCAUUGAAGAAAGCAUAAUUCUACAUUAUGAGCUAAAAGUCUGUUCUACCCUAUUAAAGAAAGUUGGACUAAGGAAUCAAGAUCUAAAAGAAAGGCUUGGGUGUUAGCAAUACAACAAUCAUAACCACAGGUCCACGGUUAAUAUUGCAUCUGAGUUAUGUUCCACUGCUGGACUUGAUCUGUGGUUACAAUAAUCUGAAAAGUCAACUAAAAUGAAGAGUACUCAUCCCAAUCAGCCUUAGAAAAGACAGUUUUGUCUACAGAAGGACGCUAAGGUAUAGAAGACAUUUUUUCUUGUGCCCUAGACUGCCUGAAUUGCUUUUAUUUUCUUAUGUUUCAGUAUAUACAAUAGACCAAAGAGCAAAAUCUAUUUUAAAGUGGACACGAUGUUACUGUUAACAAGAUUAUUUAGAUUCAACAGUAUGAAGACCACCCUGUACAAAAUCAGUUCACUCUGUGAUGAAAUGUUACUUUCCAGCAAAAGCCUUUAUGGGACACUGCAGAAGAAGCUGGAGCUACUCUUGAAAAAAAGUACCCUAAAAAUCGCAAGGAAACAUGGAGAGAUUAUGACCAAUCUGAAAGAAGAAAACAGAACUUUUGAUUCAAAACAAGACAAACUGUCUACGCACCAUUUUACUCUGUGCUUAGAUUGACGUAUCGUACAAAAAUCAUUCUAAGUUUAACCAGUUCAACAUGCCUCUUCUAUGGUUCCAUUCUUUGAUCGUUAAAAGUUGGAUAAUACAGUAUUUGCAAAGAGCAUGUUUGGUCAUCUGUGGCCUAUGUCUCACCCGAUACAUUUAGCGCCAGAAAGCAAAUCCAGGGGGACGGGGGGGGAGGUAACACUUGUUUGAAAGAGAUCAUUAAAUGUAUUUUGGAAAGCCUAAAGUUAUAUAUUUAACAGUUUUUAUAUGUUGUAUAUUUGUAGAAAAUCCUAUUUAACAAUUAACGUGGACGGUCAUGACAAAAAGGUUCAGAGUUGAGUUGUUGUUUUUAUUACUUCAGUUGUCUCUGAAGUGACUGAUGUAGUUUGCUUUCUUCCAUUGGGACAUUCUGGAUGUAAAGCAUGACUAGAGAGGAAUCUGUAGAAAAGCAAAGAAUAAUGGUGUUUAUAUUACAUAAAUGCAUUCAACCAUUACACUGUUGAAAGGCUUCCUUUCUUUUUUCUCUUUUUCUUUCUCUUUCUUUUCUUUUCUUUCUUUUCUUUUUGUUUUCUUUCUUUCCUCUUCUUUUUCCUUUUUCCCCUGGGAAGGGAAUGAUAGUCUUUUAAAUGCCAGUAAAACAGUGUAAAAUAGUUGAAUAGUCAUUAUUUUCCAUACUGAGUUGCAUUCUUUCUCUCUCGCUCCCCCACCAUGCCACCCCCCCUUCCUAAUUUAGUGUAAAGGUCAGCUUGCUCCUUAAUCAAGACGGGUUUGUUUUUUUUUACAUCACAUUUUUGAAAACUCCCUUAUUCAACAUUAUGGUAGGAAAAAAGUUAAAGGAAAGUGGUAUUUUAAAAAGGGAAAAAAGGAAAAGCAUUGAUACCUUCAAAUAGAGUAUCUUCUUUGUCUAUAAGUCUGGCUCAUAGUGAUAUGAUUAGGUCAAGAAAUGGGCUUACUUCUUCCCCUCAAAAUAUUUGUCAAUAUUAAACUUAUUCUCAAUGUCCACUGUAGUAUACUACCUAAAUACUCCAAUUAACUUUUAGUAUUAUGCUAGUUCUAUGCUACUAAAGAAAAAUGUAUAGGGAUUGUUCAAACAAUCAUAGAUAAGAGGUAUGGGGGAAAAUAGUUCAUUUAAUCAAGACCUCUCCCAAUUUUCAAUAUUAUUUUAUUGCACAAGUUGAGGAAAUCAUGAGCUAUAGGUGACAGUGUCUAUGAAUAAAACAUAGGUGAGGAUGGUCUUAAUUCAUUGUAAAAGUUCUGAUCAGUGUCCAGGUAGCAGGUAGCAUUUAAAGCCCAGCCACUUGAAAAAUAUUAUGAACUGAGUACACUACAAAUGAUCAAUAUCUGAUUUAAAAUGUCAUGCAAUAAAUGAUGGUAGAUACUUCACCUGUAUAAUAAGAAUUGGAGUGCCAGAUCCUUCACUGUUAUUUUUUCUUUUUCUUUUCCUUUUUUGGAGAGAGUAUAGUAGCCUUAUUUAGUAAAUACUGAACAAAACUUAAAAUGUUUCAAGUUUUUUGUUGCUUUACAGUUUUGUGUUGGUUCAGCUAAAUUAUGAAAAAAAUAAAAGCAUUUUAUAAGUGAGAUUUCUGGUCACUGCUGAUGAAGUGAGGCAAUAAUUCAAAGGAGGGAGGGAAAGGUAAGAAAAGAGUCCUGUGAGGUAAAAGGAAUAAUUUAUUUGGGGAUGAAAGAACUAUUAGGAUUAUUCCUGUAUUGUGCCAAAUAUGAUUAUAAAUAUAAAGUGAUGACCAAUUUUCUACAAUUUAAAAUGUUUAACUACAAUAAGUGAUAAAUUUGUCAGCAAAUAUGUGCAUUUAAGCGACUGCAAUAUUUGGGCCUUGUAAAAGCUAUUUUGAAAGUUAGUAAAAGAGUCUUUGUCUAGCCGAGGGGUAGGCAACCUUGGCUCUUUUAUGACUUGUGGACUUCAGCUCCCAGAAUUCCUGAGCCAGCCAUGCU